UGGUCGCGUAAGUUCUGACGGGAGGUUACCCGUUGCCGACAGUUCGUUAAAAGUGACGGUGACGCGCGCGACUUCAUUCUUUCUAAACAUUUGUAACACGAGAGUGUUCCCUGAUACAAAGAAUCGCUAUUGUGUCAUUAUAUAAAACCUUAUAUAUUUAUUCUAUUUGUGUGAAUCAUCAGCUCGUACGUGAAUCGUUGUAAUACUUUUAAUGAGGAUCACGAGGAAAGUUCGUGAAAACUACGAAUGAGGAUAAAAUCGAGAGUUUCUACGAACGUGGGCGAAUUCAGAAUCCUGUUCUGUGCGCUUCAAAGACGGAACGUCAAGAUGAUCCACUUGCGGUGGUAGUAACGAUUACGGAUCCUUUGUGGGCCAAUCAAAGAACCCUUUGGCUCCGAUAGAAUAAAGAUGGAAUCAUUAAAUCAAAAUUUUCGUGGCUUUGACACGAAUUCAAUGGCCACGUGGCCGUCACACGUGACGGACAAUACUACUCAUGGUAAUAUCAUUGACAGUGAGCUUUCAAGAUUUCCGAGGCCAUUAAGGACAUUUGCCGCGAUCGUGGCUAUACUGAUUAUGAUAACAGGCCUAGCCGGUAAUCUUCUUACCAUCGUUGCCCUUUGCAAAUAUCCAAAAGUUCGUAACGUUGCAGCAGCAUUUAUAAUAAGCCUUUGCGUGGCAGAUUUCGUGUUUUGUUCGUUAGUGUUACCCUUCGACUCUAUCAGAUUCGUCGAUGCAAGUUGGGCGGACAUUAGAUCCUUGUGCGUCCUCGUACCGUUCUUGAGGUACGGAAACGUUGGAGUCAGUCUUUUGUCCGUAGCAGCUAUCACCAUUAACAGAUACAUCAUGAUAGCCCAUCACGGAAUAUAUAGUAAGAUUUAUAAAAAGCACUGGAUCGCUGCGAUGAUUAUUUUCUGCUGGCUGUUCGCCUACGCGAUGCAGGUACCAACGUUGUUAGGCGUUUGGGGAAAAUUUGAUUACGAUAUGUAUCUAGAAACAUGCUCGAUAGUCAAAGACGAUCAUGGUCAUACUUCUAAGAGAUUUUUGUUCGCUACGGGUUUCGUGAUACCCUGCGUAGUUAUCGUCGGGUGUUAUGCAAAAAUAUUCUGGGUCGUUCACAGCUCCGAGUCGAGGAUGCGAAAACACGCAACACCAACGAUAAAGUCACCGCACACACCUGGUAGAGAUACCAGAGAGAUCAAACAAAGACGUAGCGAAUGGAGAAUUACGAAGAUGGUACUCGCUAUCUUCCUUAGCUUUCUAGUCUGUUAUCUACCGAUCACUAUAGUAAAGAUGGUCGACGUUAAUGUAAAAUAUCCAGGCUUCCACGUUCUUGGAUAUCUUCUUCUAUACUUCGCUUCCUGCGUGAACCCGAUAAUCUACGUUAUCAUGAAUAAGCAAUACAGACAAGCAUACGCUGGCGUGAUUGGCUGUUCGCGGAUAAGGGCGAGUCUCACACCUUUCGGGAGCAGUGCGCCCGGUCAGCACCACCAAGACUUCGGCCAAGGUAACUUCGAGCACCGUCGCGUGGUAACGCUCUCCAAGCUCUGACCGAACACGAGCUAAGCGACCACUCGCUCACUUCAUUACUCGAAGACUAUGGUAUCGACCGUCUCCAUUGCUAUGAGCCCCGUCAAAAAUAAUCAGUUGGAAGAGACACUAUAGGAGAUCGAUUUGAAGGAACCAAAAGGAUUUCUGAAGGAGUUAAUGAUCGAUGUUAAAAAAACGAAGGAAAAAGGAAAAUGUUAGAGAAAAUGAAACGAAGCAAAGUUUUGAACAAGUCGAACCAUGGGUAGAACGUAAUCGUAAACAAUAGAAACUAAAUGUAAAUUAUUUGCCGACUGAAAAGGACGACGCGUCUCGUAGGAUUACAAAAUCGAGACCAAUAACGCGUAUUUAUAAUGUUAGUUCGAAAGCGAGCUUCGCGAUUCGCAAUACCAGUGAAUUGAACCAAAGUAAAACCACGUAAAGAUUAAGAAAUAAGUAAUACGCAUUUAUGUUUAUUCGCAUCGAUAGAUUGCGGUAGAGGGGGGAGGGAGCAAUAAUAAUUUAAUAAUAAUAAAAGGGCUAGUCGAAAAUCGUUUAGGAAUAAAAUCCAAUUUGUAAAUAUAUUCAUGUACUGUAGCGAUUUAGAUAGAUUUUAUUAUAUUAGUAUAUGUUUAGAAAUGUUAUAGAUAAUUAAACUAGAUGAUAAACCAAACUCAAUUAUGAAA